GGAAGAUUUAUUUACAAGAAAAUACAAAUAAAAAUUAAUGACUCAAAUAUAGUACUUUUAACUAUAUUUUUUAUGUGUUGGUAUAUAUACCAAAUUUUAAACAUAAAAUACUUUCAAUAUAUAUCUAUUUUAAAACAACAUAAAAAUAUUGUUUUGCCAUUUACAACCUCUUUGUUUGAUGCAACUAUUUUAGAUGCAAUUAUUAUCCAUAUCUAUAGAAUAUUUAAUUAGUAUAAUCAUUUUUAUUGAUAAUUCAAAAAUUACAGUUUUUUAACUUUGUUAUCAAAUAAUUUUAAAUACAGUCAUUUUGAUUCGUGUUCGCACGGGGUUAACACUAGUUAAGAUAUAACUCAAAAGAUGGUGAAGAUGAAUCCCAAAACCAUAGUUACAAACCUCCUCCUCUUACUCCUCCUGCAAAUCUCCAACUUCUCCAUCGUUGUCUUCUCUCUGGAGCGGUUAUAUAGGAAACCUUAUAAAUCGGAGUUUAGCAUACGACCAAGCACUGUCACACGUAUCGUCGUGGCCAACGAAUUAUGGGGUCUUAAGAACGGUAACGCUGGCUUUGUAUGCGCUCACGGUCCCAAGGUUUGGCGUAAAAGCAAUCCGGGAGACCGGUACAUUGUAAUCGAGUUCGAACACACUGGUAUUACAAGGUAUAAAUUCGUACAUUGCCAUCUCCGGUCGAGUCGUGGGUAUGUCAAUGUUCCUAUCAAUAUUCACCCUGACACUUCUGCUAGGUGUUACCCUAGUUAUAAAUGCCAUUAUUUUAUUAGAAAAGAUGGAGUUUAUUACAAGCCUGAGAAGAAGCUCUUCCCAUGGCUGCCGUUUCCACGCUCUAAAAAUGGAGGCCACGCCAAGGAUUAAAAGUGAUUUAUAGAUAUUGAUGAUGUAUUGUAAGUUUGUAACUUAUAAUAUAAUCUUGGUGAUCCACUCAAAAAAAGUAGAGACACCUAAAAUUAAGAAACUAUCCCAAACACAUAAAAACUCUAGUUUCUAUAGCAAUUUACAAGUAGAACACAGUUUUAUCCCUGCCCAAACUCUCGUCCCGUUUCUCUUUCUUUUCCAACUUCACUUCUACACUUUUCUUUCUCUCCCUUUUUCAAUUGUUAUUGAAAAAUCUUCUUCUCAAAUAAAUUAGUUUUCUUCUUCUUCUCCCUCAAUCAUCACUUACUUUAUUUUCUGCACCAAUCAUACGCUAACCUUCUCCUCUUCCAUAGUUUGUCAUCGUCACCAUCACUAUCACAUCAGAAUAGUAUUAUUUGAAGCCAUAUGUAUGCAAAUGAAUCACAGAUUCAAAGAGAACCAAGAUUCCAAACAUGAGUUAUGGGAUUUCAAUUCCAAUCACGGUUAGAGAUUUUUUUCCCCCAGUUUAUAUAUCUCUCAUCUAAUCUUUCAAAACUGAAAUUCAAUGGAUGAAUUAUGGAUUGUGAUAUAUUCUACAUGGAUAACAAUUAAGUUAAACAAGUAAUCUAUUUUAUAGCAUCUAACAAAUUAUGUAUAAGCUAAGUCCAGUUAUUUUUGGACAUCUCACCAACCAGUUUAAAAAGCGUCUCGUCUAAAAUGUUUGAUAACAUCUAACUAAAAUCAUAGUUGCUAAUGAUUAAGUUAUCAUGGUUAACUAUUAAAAAACAUCUAACAAACUUUGUAUCAUAUGAAAAAAAAUUUUUUGUAACAAAAGAAGUUCAAUGCUAACCUUUAACUUAAGAUAUUAUAGAAGCUGUUAGUGGAUAACUUGUUUAUCAUAAAAAUAUACUUAUCAUGUAACAAUAUCAAUGAUCUCAAUGUUAUAUGUUAUUUACCAUGUAAAAAAAUAUGAUAGAUGUAACUUAUUAGUUUACUUAUCAUACAAUAAUGAUUAACCGUUAAAAAUAUAGAAGUUAAACAGUUAAUGGUUAAGUUAGCCUGAUAAUCUAUUUUGUAGCAUUUAAAAAAACAUAUAUAGCUAACUCAAGGUAUUUAUAAACAUCAUACCCACAUAUUUUGAAAAAUGUUAGCAUGUUUU